AUAUGGAUGCACCCCAUAAAAGAGGAGAAGACAUCACCGACUCCAUUUGCGUUUCCGUACGGAGAACAGUCCUCAGAUCGCAACGUUGUACGUCCGGAUACCAUAUUAUGUGAGAUCAUUGAUCAUUAUGAUCCCACAAAUCCUGAUUUACCCGAAAAACGGAUCCAACCUUUGAUGCACCCCAUAACAGAGGAGAAGACAUCACCGGCUAUUGGCUUUCCGGACAAGGAUCAGUCACCAGAUUCCAAUGUUGUCCCUGUACUGGGGACCAUCCCAGAACCCAAGAAUGAGAAGCUAUCACCAAGUACAUUUGCCAUUCCGUACACCCCAUUGUGGGAGAACAUGGAUAAUAUCAAUCCCCCAGAGACACAGAUGCACCCCAUUGAAGAGGAGAAGACACCACAGAUUAUUGGGUUCCCGGACAUGAAUCAGUCCCCAGAUACUCAGAUGCUCGCCAGAUCGCAUAAUUGGCCUCAGAACAUGGACUCCUUCGAUCCCAACGAAUGUCCCACACUAACGGACAACAGCUACGGAAUGUCUCCCCAAGUUUGGACCUUCGUAGCGCCUGAGACAGCUGCCGACGAUAAAAUGAAGAAGGGACCGAGAACUUUACGUUUUCCCUCCAAGUUCGAUUUGUCCAGUCGUUUGCUCGCCAAAUUCCCCAAAUUGAAUAAUUCGAACACUGUUCGCACUGAGCUGCCUUCUUCAGCGGCUGCCACAAUUAAGCCUCGUCCUAAAAAGGGACCCAAAAUCAAGGCAAAGGCACCAGGGACUUAUAAAGGGAGAAAGUAUACCAGAAAACCGAAGCCAGAUCCCGUUUUGGUGCAGGUGCCGAACGUGGAAUUUCAAUUUGUGGACUUGUUCGAUCCUGGCAGUGUGGGAUCCUGCAGUGCGCCCAACGAACAUCCCCAGGAGCUGCUGUUCACCACCACCGAUGGCAGCGAUCUCCAUGUGCGUAUCGACAACCUCGAGAAUUCUUCGGUACCUUGGAAUGGAGAGGCUAAGGUACUCUAUAUCGAGCCAUUUGCAAUGCAAACGACAGUAAAGCGCCCCAGAGGCCGCCCUCCUAAGCGAACCUUAGUACCGUCCGAAAACCCUCUCCCACUCCUCGACUGUCCUAAACGUAUGCGAACAGCUAAAUCAAAGCAAGAGCCAUUGGACGCCAUACCAAAGUUAGGUGCUGAAGAAACAGAGGCACGUCCACGGAUCACUGAUGAAGAAGAAGACGCACUCAACACGGAUUUGGAAACUUUACUGGCUGAAGAGGAUCCCAAGGAUCAGAACAUGGGUAUUUUGCUCGAAGCAGCAGAAGGUCAAGACUGAAAGCAUCAGUCCCUAAAGAUGUAUCACACAAACAAAAACAGACUUCAAAUUUGGCUUGGCAUUGGGUUUUUAAUUGUUACUUAUUUUGAAAAAUACUUAAAAUCUACAUUAAUAAUACGAAAAACAAACAAAGAGUAAAACAUAUGUAUCUUAAUUGUGGGAACAAAAAAA